UGUGGGUCAGAGGGCGACUUUACAUGCAAAGAAUGCAGGAAGCGUUUUGCCUGGCGGUCGUCUCUGAACAUCCAGCGGCGCAUCCACACGGGGGAGAAGCCCUUCAAGUGCAAGACCUGCGGGAGGCGCUUCACCCAGAAGCCCAACCUGCUUUGCCACCUGCGCAACCACACAGGCGAGCGCCCUUUUGCCUGCCCCAAGUGCGAGCAGCGGUUCCGGCAGAAGCAGCACCUGGUCAAGCACCAGCGGACCCACUUCCAGACCCGAACGAUGCCCCACACCUGCCCCGAGUGCCAGCGCGGCUUCACCAACAAGGCCGUCUUGCGUCUCCACUGCCAAACUCACAGUCCGCACCGGCAGCUGGUCUUCAACGAACUCAAGUGGGCCUACAAAGAGACGGAGGCCCGGCAGCGGGAGGAGGCCCAUUUCGGACUGACUUGGGUAGUGCGGCCCAAGGGGCAGAGGCGAGGGGUCAAGAAGUUCAUCUGCAGUGAGUGCAGGAAGGGCUUCACUUGGUGGUCCUCCCUCAGCAUCCAUCAGCGGAUUCACACGGGGGAGAAGCCAUUCCUGUGCCCUGAGUGCGGGAAGAGUUUCACCCAGAAGCCCAACCUCCUGCGCCACCUGCGUUACCACAGCGGUGAGCGGCCCCACUCCUGCCCCAAGUGCGGGAAAGGGUUCACGCAGAAGCAGCACCUGCUCAAGCACAAGCGCACCCACGCAGCGGAGAAGGGGUUCUGGUGCCAUGCAUGCGGACAGACCUUCCCCAACAAGGAGGACCUCACUGUCCACCAGAGGUCUGGCCACACAGCCAGAGAGCUCUCGACGCUGGGCACGACAGAGGAGGAGAAGGGGUUCCUCUCUUUUGGUGAAGUGGAAAGCCUGGAGGAAGUGGCAGAGUCCCUGAUGGUGAAUGGCCUGGACCUUCUCCAGCAAACGGAUCUCCUGGACCCACAGAACGAUUCAGAUGGGCAGCCAGUCCUGAUUGUGGAACCGGGGACCCGUCCCCAGGCUCUGUCCCAGACUAAGAAGGGGGUCUUCUGGAAGCCGGAGGCCCCCAAACCUCCCGCCCUGGAGCAGAAGCAGUACAUCUGCAACGAGUGCGGGAAGGGCUUGGUGUCCUGGUCAGCGCUCACCAUCCACCGGCGGAUCCACACAGGCGAGAGGCCCUACCGAUGCAGCGACUGCAGGAAGAGCUUCAGCCAGAAGCCCAACCUGGUCCGGCACCGGCGCUACCACACAGGCGAGAAGCCAUACCCCUGCGCCGAGUGCGGGAGACGCUUCGUCCAGAAGCACCAUCUCACGAAGCAUCAGCGGGUGCACCGGAAAGAGAGGAGCCCAGGCUCUGAACUAGCUGGGAAAACGGGGUUACUGUAG